UAUAAUUAUCAAACAAAGAAGUAUUUUAUGUAUUUAUUAUUAGUACAUACAAAAUUACAGCCAAUAUUUAUCAUUUUUUAAAUACAAAAACAUGUAUUAAUGAAGCAUAACCAACUACCUUCAUCUUCUCCGUCAUUGUUAAUAAAUUCUGUUUCUAUUACAAUGUCCCAAUGCACGGUUAUUUGGUUCUUAUCUGGUCUAUAUUUUUCAUUCUUUUUGCUUUUUCUUUAUAGAAAAACAGAUCUAACAAAUGUAUCUGAAAUGCCGCAUAAAAUCAUUCCCAAAUAACAAAACUAGCCGACAUUAUUGGAAUGAUUUCCUAUUAACACUAGUCACUCCCAUAGCAUGUGUAAUAUGCUAUAAACUUUUUCUCCAUCCUUUGUUAUUCUGUGCGUUCUGUUCUGCACUUUGUGUGAAAAAAUGACUAUCAAACUAAUCCAGAAAGACAAAGAUUCAGAAAAAAUCAUUUGGGAACAAAUGAGAAGCUCUUCUGUAACACCAUAUUCGAUUUUUUACUUGCCCAAACUCAUAGUGUGGCUCAUACUCUUCGUAUCAGCUAUUUCUGUUUUUUACACUUUUAAGCUCCUUUCCUCCUCUAUCGCGUGUAUUGACAAUGUCUUCAUCACUCGUAGUAGCAUUAUUUUGCCAAUUCACUCUGAAAUUAACUCAACGUUGUCUUCAAAUGCUUCAGUUGUUGAUCAUAAACCGAGGUUUUUGCACGAGAAGGGAGCGGAGAAAACUAAGUUAGAGCAUGUAGUUUUUGGAAUUGCAGCUUCAGCUAAGCUAUGGGACAAAAGGAAAGAGUAUAUUAAGCUAUGGUGGAAGCCUGAGAAGAAAAUGAGAGGCAUUGUUUGGUUGGAUAAUUCAGUGAAAGUUGAGAAAAAUGAAAGUAAAUUAUUGCCUGAAUUGAGAAUUUCAGGGGAUACUUCACAUUUUGUGUACAAUAACAAGCAGGGACAUCGAUCCGCAAUUAGAAUAUCGCGGAUAAUAUCGGAGACAUUAAGGCUAGGAAUGGAAAAUGCGAGGUGGUUUGUGCUGGGUGAUGAUGACACUGUUUUCGUAACGGAUAAUUUGUUGAGUAUUUUGAAUAAGUAUGAUCAUAAUCAGUAUUAUUAUAUUGGGAGUUUGAGUGAGAGUCAUUUGCAGAAUAUUUAUUUUUCAUAUAGUAUGGCAUAUGGUGGUGGUGGUUUUGCUAUUAGUUAUGGUUUAGCUAAGGCUCUUGAUAAAAUGCAAGAUAGGUGUAUUCAAAGGUAUCCAGGACUUUAUGGUUCUGAUGAUAGAAUGCAGGCUUGUAUGGCUGAAUUGGGUGUUCCGCUAACUAAAGAACUCGGUUUUCAUCAGUAUGAUGUAUACGGCAACUUAUUCGGGCUCCUAGCAUCACAUCCGGUAACACCAUUGGUGUCAUUACACCAUCUUGAUGUGGUGGAGCCAAUCUUUCCCAAUGUCACUCAAGUGCAAGCUUUACGGCAUCUCACAGUCCCGAUGAAACUUGACUCAGCUGGUAUUAUGCAACAAUCCAUUUGCUAUGACAAAGUUAACAGUUGGACUAUUUCAGUAUCAUGGGGAUUUGCAGUUCAAAUAUUUCGUGGAAUUCUAUCACCCCGUGAAGUAGAAAUGCCAUCAAGGACUUUCUUAAAUUGGUACAGAAGAGCGGAUUAUACUGCUUACGCUUUUAACACAAGGCCUGUUAUGCGUACCCCAUGUCAAAAGUCUUUUGUAUUUUACAUGUCAAAAGCUGAAAUGGAUUCUUCAAGGAAUCAAACGGUGACUCAGUAUACUCGUCAUCGAGUCCCUCAUCCACUAUGCAGAUGGAGAAUGGCAAAUCCUGGUCAUGUCGAGAGAAUUCAGGUUUAUAAGAAGCCUGACCCCCAUCUAUGGGAUAGGUCUCCAAGGAGGAAUUGUUGCAGAGUAUUAAGCUCAAAGAAGAAAAGCAUGGUGGUGGAUGUAGGUGUCUGUAAGGAAGAUGAAGUCAGUGAAGUAUGAUGAUGAAUAAUGUGGUAUUGAUUGUCACCUGUAUUUCGUUAUUUAUUGAAUUUUUUGGGAAAUUUUCCAAGAAAUUUUUCUUGUAUCUUCCAAGUUCCACUUAAUGCCACUAGGGUCAAAUAUAUGCUACUGUAGCAUGUCUUUGAUAUUCUUAAGUUAUGAUCAGUAUAGCAUAGUUUUUCUGUAACUUUUCAAUAAUAUUAAUUGUUUUCUUGGUUCCAAAAUUAUGUAUUUUUGUUUUAAUUAUAGUUGAUUACCAUCUUCAUGUUUCA